UCAUGAAACGACAGUUAUAGUCACAUUAUUGGCCACCCCAAUAUCCAUAGUCCAUCCAAUACCAAACCUAAGGCAAUAUUAGAGACCUCAGACCUUUAACACAGCAACACUAUUUUGUUCAGGAAAAAAAAAUGGCUGAACCAUCCAACUUUCUGGCUGAAAAAAGAUAUGCAGUGGUAACAGGAGCAAACAAAGGAAUAGGGCUAGAAAUAUGCAGACAGCUUGCUUCCCAAGGAGUUGUUGUACUUCUAACAUCAAGAGAUGGAAAGAAAGGAUUAGAAGCCCUUAAUGAUCUCAUUAAAUCCGAAAUAAGCGCCGAUAAUCUUCUUUAUCAUCAGCUUGAUGUUACUGAUACCAUGAGUAUUGCUACUCUUACUGGUUUCAUCAAUUCCAAAUUUGGCAAGCUUGAUAUACUGGUGAACAAUGCUGGGACUAAUGGAAUUAAGGCUGACUUUGAUGCUUUAAAAGCAGCAGGUUUUGGCACUCCAGGAGCAAAGUUCAAUUAUGCUGAGAUGAUGACACAGACAUAUGAACUCGCAAAAGAUUGCUUAGAAACAAACUACUAUGGAGUAAAGAGAACCACUGAAGCUUUGCUUCCUCUCCUCGAGUUAUCGGACUCACCAAGGAUCGUCAAUGUUUCCUCUGCUAUGGGGAAGUUAAAGAAUAUACCAAAUGAGAGAAUCAAAGGAGUCUUAGGUGAUGCUGAUAACCUUACAGAAGAACAAGUAGACGAUCUUCUGAACGAGUUACUGAGAGACUUUAAAGAUGGUACAUUCAAAGAGAAGGGCUGGCCUUCUACAAUGGCAGCCUAUAUAGUGUCAAAGGCGGCUUUGAACGCAUAUACAAGAAUAUUGGCUAAGAAAUACCCGUCAAUCAUUAUCAACUGUGUUUGUCCUGGCUUUGUUAAGACAGAUAUCAACGGAAACUUGGGACAUUUAACAGUUGAAGAAGGCGGUGCAAGUCCGGUGAGAUUAGCAUUGGUGCCUCAUGGUUCGCCUUCUGGUCUUUUCUUUGUAAGAAAUGAAGUUUCUUCAUAUGAAUAAACGAAUUACAUGUUCAAAUUCAAAUCGAUUUCAGAUCAAGUGUUUGUUACCAUUGGAACUCAUUGAUCACACUAGUACAAAAUGUAUGUACACUACAACAAGUGCAUGAAUAUUUCACAUGACUUAUUACUCGAAUAUGAUCUGGAUCAAGAUGACAAACUCGAAUUGAAAUCUAACUUUUGCUACCUAUAAUUGACAUUCAAAAGCAAUAGAAAUUAAAUUUAUUGAGUA